UUUUUUUUUUAUCAUCAAAUGGAACAUUUGACACUAGGCCAGCUUUUUUCCAAAGGACAAACACAACUUACAUUUUUAGAAGACACUUCUUUGGCAAGUAAGGAUCCUGCAUAUCAAGCCGCAGUCCAAGAAGCCAUUGCAGCACUCACUCGUGCACAAGAUCUUAUUGAACGAUCGGCUAUGUUUAGUUCCAAUGAACUUAUUGAUGAUAUUAAUGCUUCUGACCUCAAGUUUUUAUUAACAAGUGUUUAUCUUGGUCAUGCUGUAUUGAAGAAUAUUACUGAUGACAGAGCUACUGUUUUAAAAAGAUCCAAGGCCCAUUUUGAACAUUUUUUAUCAUUAUGUCAAGACCAUCAACUGAUGAAACAACAAGAUGCCGAAAUGUACGAAAAACAAAUGCAUGGUCUUCAAGGGUCAGCAGCGCAGCAACGACAGGACAAGAUUGCAAGGUACAAACGUGAAAAAGUACUCAAGGAGACGAUUCAGCAGUUACGAGAACAAUUAGAUGAAGAACAACAGCAAAAAACUGCUUUGGACAAAGAAACAGAACGGGACUAUGUGGUGGCAUUGAUUGAUUUGGAAAUUUUACGGGCGAUAGAACAAUUACAUAGUAUUGAACAAGAAGUCGUUAUGGUAGCAGAAAUGGAGAAAAUGCGACAACAUAUGGCUUCUUCUGAUGAUGAUCAACGAUUGGCCUCUCGAGAACAACAACAAGAUGGAUCAUCCAAGUUAGACGCAUUACGUCGAACCGGUGGACCUCUUUUAUCAAACGAAGGAAAACCUUUACAACCAUUUAUUAUCACUAACAAACGACAACAAAUCAAGAAUCAAGUGUUUCAACCUGGAUACAAUUUACCUACCAUGACUAUUGAUGAAUACUUGCAACAAGAAAUGGAUCGUGGGAAUAUUAUUAAAGGUGGUGAAGAACCAAAGAAAGAAGAAAUUGAUGAUAAUGAUUAUGAUGCCUUGGAUGCAGAAACAAUGAAACAAAGAGAUUGGGAUGAGUUCAAAGAAGCAAAUCCUAGAGGAUGGGGCAAUCGUGGCAACAAAGGAUAGAUUUUUUGAUAAUUAGAUUGAUAGUAUACAUCUAUUUAUAUCUUUUUAUUGUAUAUUGAUUUACAUAGCAUUAAUAAAGAAAACAAAAGAUUAUAUAUAUUUGGACAUUGUUACAUGAGUGAAAG